AUGAUGGGACGAAUCUGGAUUGUAUGUGUUUUCUGGAUAUCGCUUUGUCUUCAUGGCGUGUUGUCGGGCCAUACUGCAUAUUCUAUUGCAGAGGAGGUUAGUCCCGGGACUGUUGUAGGGAAUUUAGCUAAAGAUUUGAGUCUCAAUGUGGCUGAUCUGGAGGCACGUAAACUUCACAUUGUAUCAGGAUCAUCAAAGAAACAUUUCGAGGUGGAUUUAAAAACCGGGGCCCUGUUUGUGUUGGAGACUAUAGACAGAGAACAACUCUGCCCAAAGAGUGAAGCUUGCACCGAGACCCUGGAAGCGAUUGUUAAUAAUCCUUUACAGAUGCACAGUGUGGAGGUUAAAAUUCUUGAUAUUAACGACAAUGCACCAUCAUUUCCUGGAAAAUACCAGACUAUUAGUAUUGCAGAGUCCAGGAUGUAUGGAUCCAAAUUUUCUCUGUUAAGUGCUGAUGAUCCUGAUAUUGGAAGCAACUCAGUCAGUUCAUACAAGUUAUCCCAAAAUGUCUUUUUCAGUUUGGAAAUGCACAAAGAUGCCGAUCAGGGUCCAUCUGCUGAACUUGUACUGGUAAAGAAUCUUGACCGAGAGAAGCAGUCUGUGAUCCGACUAGUGUUGACUGCUUUCGAUGGUGGCAAACCACCACGAACUGGUACUACAGAAAUUAUUGUUACUGUAUUAGAUGCCAAUGAUAAUGCACCUGUGUUUUCAAAGCCUGUGUACAAAGUUUUCGUUCCAGAAAAUGUUACUGCUAGGUCAAUUAUUUUACAGUUAAAUGCCACCGAUCUCGACGAAGGAGUUAAUAGUGAAAUCACUUAUUCCUUCAAAAGAGGUCAAAAGGGAAUAUCGGAUACAUUUUCUAUUGAUCCAAGUACUGGGGAAAUUUCAGUGAUCGAAACGUUAGACUAUGAGAGCACAAGUGCUUACGAGAUUCGUGUUGAAGCCCGAGAUGGAGGAUCUUCUCCACAUGAAUCUUACUGCAAGGUCCUGGUGGAAGUAGUCGAUGUAAACGAUAACGCACCUGACAUUAAACUUUCCUCCUUACUCGAUAACGUAAAAGAGGAUGCCAAGAAAGGCACGGUGAUUGCAUUAAUUACAGUUCAAGAUAAGGAUGGAGGUAAAAAUGGAAAGGUGCGAUGUUUUGUAUCUCAGAAUUCGCCAUUUAUAUUAGAAUCCACACAGGGAAAAUAUUACUCAGUGGUUCUAAAUGACGCACUUGAUAGAGAAGAUACUUCUGAGUAUAAUGUCUCAAUAACAGCCGUAGAUGAAGGUGUGCCUCCUCUUUCUAGUACUGUUAUACUAACGGUCCAUAUUUCUGAUGUAAAUGAUAACGCACCUCGUUUCUCUGGAUCUUUCGUCAAUGUUUAUGUAAAAGAGAACAGUCCAGCAGGUGGUCUAAUAGCGGAUGUCUCUGCACAGGAUAUCGACUUUGGUGAAAAUGCUCAAAUAUCUUAUUCAUUACUCAGCAACUCAAACAUGCCUUUAUCUUCAGCUGUCAGCAUUAAUUCUGUCACUGGAGAAAUUUACAGCAUGCAGUCAUUUAACUUUGAAGAAAUGAAAACCUUUCAGUUUCAAGUUCAGGCCACAGACUCUGGUAUUCCCUCUCUGAGCAGUAACCUGACAGUAAAUGUUUUUAUUGUGGAUGAAAAUGAUAACCGUCCUGUUAUUCUACCGCCCUAUUCAGAAUCCGGAUCUGUAAACACUGAGAACAUUCCCUAUUCUGCAGAAGCGGGGUAUUUUGUGGCCAAAAUCAGAGCUGUAGAUUCGGAUUCAGGCUAUAACGCCCUACUGUCCUACCAUAUAACUGAACCAAAGGGAACCAAUCUUUUCCGAAUCGGAACCAGUACUGGAGAAAUAAGAACCAAAAGGCGAAUGAGCGACAAUGAUUUAAAAACACACCCACUUAUAGUUACUGUGUCGGACAAUGGAGAACCGUCACUAUCAACAACUAUGAGUAUUGAAGUUGUGGUCGUGGAAAAUGUGGACAACAUGCAGCCUUCUCUAAGAAAAGUACCAAUGAAGGAGGAGAGUUUUUCUGAUCUGAAUCUGUAUCUGCUCAUCGCUAUUGUCUCAGUAUCAAUGAUAUUUUUACUGAGCCUCAUGGGUUUAAUAGUAGCUAGAUGCUACAGGACAGAUGGCGGUUUCGGCAGGUCCGGUGUUCCAGUGGUCACUACACACCCUGACGGGAGCUGGUCUUACUCUAAAUCCACUCAACAGUAUGAUGUGUGUUUUAGCUCAGACACACUGAAGAGUGAUGUAGUAGUUUUCCCGUCAUCGUUUCCACCUGUAGACGCAGAACUGAUCAGCAUUAAUGGAGGAGACACUUUUAAUAGAACUCAAACUCUUCCAAGCACUGAGAAGGUAAGACGGAAUAAUUUAAUUUGUGAUUGCAGGAGUGUCGUUAUAAACAAUUUUUAA